AUGCAUGAACAUUGUUGUGAAAGAGGGACCAUAGUAUCCUCAACGACUAGCCUUGCAGACUCGAUUUACAACUUUCGUGUGGAGAAUGGGCGCACAUAUCAUCGAUACAAGGAUGGAAAAUACUCCUAUCCCAAUGAUGAGAGGGAAAGUGACGGACUGGAGUCAAGAGUACCGCCCAACGUAACGUAUGAGGUGGACGACAUCGCAGAACCGCGGACGUUCUCUUUGCCAUUUGACUACAUUCACAGUCGAAUGAUAACCUCUAGCAUAUCUGAUUGGAGACGACUCAUUCAAAAUGCCUUUGAUAAUCUCACGCCCGGUCGCUACCUCGAGCUCCAGGAGAUGGAUCUCAUGCCCCAGUCCGAUGACGGUAGUCUAAAACCCGACGCUGCGAUUGUGCGGUGUUUUGCUCUCCUUGGGAAGGCGGCGACGGCUCUUAACCGAUCCUUUCAAGACAUCCCGGAUCUCGUCAAUGUGAUGAAAGACAUAGGUUUCGUCGACGUCUCAAUCAAGAAGGUGAAGUGGCCAACGAAUACGUGGCCCAAGGAGCAACACUAUAAACUGCUAGGGGAAUGGGCCCACGAGAAUUGCAUGUCGGGGAUCGAGGGUUGGACCAUGGCACCUUUGACACGCGGCCUUGGCUGGAGUAAACAAGAAGUUGAGGUCUUUCUGAUCGAGCUGCUAAAAGAAUUCAAGGACCGAAGCAUUCAUGCAUACUGGCCUUGUUAUGGACUAUAUGGAAGAAAGCCUGAAGCUACAUGUAGGUGA